AUGGCUCCAAGGAACGACGUUGGCGACGGCGGAGCUGCUGGUAGCAGCGCUGGCCAUGAUGCGUCACCAUUGGCCAGCGCUGCGAUCAACCGCCCGCCUAUCAGCCACCGGCAUCGCAGAGAGUGGUAUACUCUCUGCGAGCAGAACCCUUGGGCGCCUGCAGGUGGUCAAGAAGGGUUCAAGCAUGCAGGACACGUCCUAACAGUCAUGGAGAAGCAAGCCAAACGACUUGAUGGAAUUAGCCCGAUGCUAAAGAAAGAAGAGUUGGAAACCCUACCUCAUGAAUGGCGCCUCGAGGGUUCGAAGUCCGGACAUCUCAUGAAGCUCUUCAAUGUCGACGAUGUGCGCGAGCUCAUCGUUCGUCGUUGUGAUUUCUUCAAAGUCCCUGUACCGCCCCAUCAGCCUAUCUUUCCUAUCCCAGCUAGUGGGCAAGACACGCAACCGUCUAUUGCUGCGGUGUUUGCGCCUUCCGCCCAGCCCGCUGACGAUGUUCGCAAUGACGACGCCGUAGACGGUGCUCGGGCGCCACCUCACGGUGCCUAG